AUGAAGUCGGCAACACUCAAGGUGUUGGUGUGCAUGCUCUUCGGCUACUGGUUGCCGGGGAAUUGCACGGAUUACCCGUUCCAAGACCCAUCGCUCUCCUGGGACGACCGGGUAAACGAUUUGAUUACUCGUCUAACAGUAGACGAAAUCACCGACCAGAUGGCUUUGAGCAGCCCCGCCCCCUCCAUUGACCGACUGGGUAUAAAGCCGUACGAAUGGUCUACUGAGUGCCUGCGGGGAGACUCUGACGCUGGUCCUGCUACAGCUUUUCCACAGGCAUUAGGGUUGGCAGCUUCAUUCGACUUUGAUACAAUAUUUGACGUUGCCAGGACAACGGCCAUCGAAGUACGGGCGAAGAACAAUGACUACGAGCGUCGUGGGGAGUACGAAAACCAUAAGGGUGUGAGUUGUUUCAGUCCCGUUUUAAACAUCGCAAGACAUCCACUUUGGGGUAGGAAUCAGGAAACGUACGGCGAGGAUCCGUACCUGAGCGGCGAGCUUGCCAGAGCAUUCGUUCACGGACUCCAGGGCGACCACCCUAGAUAUCUGAUCGCCAACGCAGGCUGCAAACAUUUCAACGUGCAUGGAGGACCAGAAAAUAUUCCCGUUUCAAGAUUCUCCUUCAAUGCUAAGGUGUCUGAAAGAGACUGGAGAAUGACGUUUCUACCAGCGUUCCACGAGUGCGUCAAAGCAGGGACAUACAGUUUGAUGUGCAGCUACAACAGAAUCAACGGUGUACCGGCUUGUGCUAACAGCGAGCUGUUGAUCGACGUCUUACGAAAGGAGUGGAACUUCACCGGCUACAUCGUCAGCGAUGCCGGUGCCAUUGAGAACAUCUACACACGUCACCACUACAGACUGGACGCCUUGGAAACCGCCAUCGCAUCUGUGAACUCCGGUUGCAAUCUGGAACUUGGCGGUGGAUCCCACCCUACCUUCCUACAAAUCAAAAAUGGUUUCAAAUUAAAGAGAAUCAGCAACCAGACCCUCAUGGAACGGAUCAAACCCCUUUUCUAUACCAGAAUGAGACUGGGCGAGUUCGACCCCGUCAAAAUGAAUCCUUUCAAACAGCUUGAUCUAUCUAUUGUCUUAUCUGACGGCCACAGGGAACUUGCCGUGAAGACCGCCCUCAAGACAAUCGUACUGCUGAAAAACGACGGCCGCACACUCCCUCUUAAGGGCUCUGUCAACAAUCUUGCUGUCGUUGGUCCUCUGGCCGACAACGUGGACGCCCUCUAUGGCGACUAUUCUGCGACUCCUAACAACUACACGGUCACACCCCGCAAUGGACUUGCACGAUUGGCGGGCAACACUUCCUAUGCAUCGGGCUGCGAUAAUCCCAAAUGUCGGAAAUACGACUCAGGCCAAGUAAAGAGCGCAGUUUCGGGGGCUGAUAUGGUGGUGGUCUGCGUUGGAACAGGUACAGACAUCGAAUCAGAAGGGAACGAUCGUCAUGAAUUGGCGUUGCCUGGGAAACAACUGUCUUUACUCCAAGAUGCUGUGAAAUUUGCCGGUAGCAAACCUGUUAUUCUGUUACUAUUCAACGCCGGGCCACUAGAUGUAUCCUGGGCAGUCGAGAACCCGGCAGUUCAGACGAUCGUAGCGUGCUUCUUUCCGGCACAAGCCACGGGUGACGCGUUGUACAGGAUGUUUAUGAACACUUCGCCUGAGAGUAAUCCAGCCGGAAGGUUGCCAAUGACAUGGCCCAGAUCAAUGGAGCAAGUACCCCCAAUGACGGAUUACACAAUGAAAGGCAGAACGUAUCGAUAUUCUGACGCCGAUCCGCUAUUUCCGUUCGGGUUCGGGCUUUCAUACACCCUCUUCAAAUACUACAAUACGAGCGCAUCGCCGACGGUCAUCAAGUCGUGUGACACCGUCACUAUACCACUCACUGUGACCAACGUGGGAGACUUCCCUGGAGAUGAGGUGAUGCAGGUGUACAUAAGUUGGAGCAAUGCAUCUGUCACAGUGCCAAAGUUACAACUAGUGGGAUUCCGCCGCGUACGAGAAAUUGAGCCAAGUGCGAGUGCCACCGUGCACUUUGCCGUCCUCCCCCGCAUGAUGGCGAUAUACACCACGCAGUGGAUGAUAGAGCCCGGUGUUUACAACGUGUAUGCAGGGGGUCAACAACCAAAUCAAGUCACCCAAGGAGUACCUUCGAAUGUCGUGAUGACGUCAUUUACGAUUGAAGGGCCGAGCACUCCUUUGAACAAGUGUGAUAUUCAAUAA